UCCGGGCCGUCCCUCUAGUGUAGACGUGCUCAAUACCGAGCGUUUACCUGUCUCUGAGCCCAUUUAUUCAAUUCUACGCACGGCGGUACAUGAGUCCAGAGUGUUGCUUGUGGACUCCUUCCAGCUGCAUCGGCGUAGCGAGAAGGGAGCCUGGUCACUGCUGUUGUAGUCAUCGUCAGCCAUCGCUAUCCAAUCCAAUUUUGCAUUCCUUCGUGGCUUCUUGUCGAGUGCACCAAGUGUGUUUUGUACAGAAUCUCUAGAUCAGUCGUUCAGACAUUGCAUUCUCGGGGGUAAGAUAGUUGUGUCAAAACCCUUCCCUUGUGUCACGGGUUGU